AUGUCAAACAAAAUCGAAGAAAUCAUCGAUUUUUGGUUCAGACCAGGUCAUGUAAAAUGGUGUGGCGGCACAGAAGAAGCGAAUACUGAAAUUCGACAAAAAUAUGGAGAUUUAGUGGAGGCUGCUUUCGAAGGCAAGCUAGAGGAAUGGAAAGACGAACCGAGGGCAAGUCUAGCUUUGAUCCUAAUCUGUGAUCAAUUUUGUCGAAAUGUGAACAAGGGUACGAAGCGAAUGAACGGACUCGACCCGAUUGCAUUGGAAAUAGCUCAGAAAUUUCUGCAGCAAAAGACCCACAACCAUUUGGCCUUCUCGUUCUUCGAGCGUAUGUUUAUAUACCUACCCUUUAUGCACAGCGAGGAUCGAGCCAACCAAGAGCUCUCGGUGAAACUGUUUACACGACUCGCCGAGGAUGCAAAAACACCAGAUGAGAAGAAAGCAGGAGAGAAUACGUUGAAGGGAGCAAAGAAUCAUAAAGAGGUCAUUGAUAGAUUCGGUCGGUAUCCACAAAGAAAUGCCUCUCUGGGACGAGAAAAUACACCAGAAGAAGCAGAAUUUUUAGUUGAUUUGCCAUGCAAAUAUAAAUGGUAA